UUUUAAACUACGCGAACUCAAAGAGCGGAAGUGGAUUCUGUGAAGCAGUUUCAGUGAAGUUUGUUGUGUUUCAUUGCAAGAACACUCGUGUCUUUCUGUCAUUCAGUUACUUUUUAACAACACGCACUUUAUUUCUGACACAAAAGUCUGAAGAUGUCUAGCAAGAAAUCAAAAAGAAGGAAACACAAAAAGGAGGAAAGAGUUUCGUCAAGUUCUUCCCGUGACGAUGAGAAGAAGGAGAGAGAAAAUAGGAGAUUUGACAGUCCAAAAAGCCAUAGACAUCAUCAUCAUCAUCGUCGACAUGAAAGUUCCAGCAAAGAUGAAGCUGAAAGGCGGAGGGCCAGAUACUCCGCGUCCUCAAGAAACAUCAGUCCCAACAAAGCGAGAUUGACAAAAACAGAUGUGGGGCAAAGAAAAAGCAAGGAGAAAAGAUCUCCUGAAAGCAAAGCAAAUGACAAGUCAAGGACAGUCAAAUCGCAUAUCACACAGGAGAAAGAAAAGAAGACUGCCGAAAGAAAACAUGAAAAUGCAAUCCGCACAACCUCAGGUAGAUGCUCUAGUGCAACAAAUCAGUCUUCUUCCAAGGAGCUGGAAACACAGAAGCAGAAGCUGGUUUCAAGGAGAUCUGCACCAGAGAAACCAAGACCUUCACAGGAUGAUUCUCCCACUCAAGAUCUCAAGGAGCAAAGGAGAAAGUUAUUGAAGAGGUCAUUAUCACCAGAUGCCAAGCAAAGAGACAUCAAAAAACAAACCAGCAAUAACUCAUCACAUCAGGAUCCUCAGGCAGUUGUUCAAAAGGAAACGAGUGAGAUGUUAGUGAGCAGGAUGUCCAAGGAGUUUGACCAGAUUGUUCAAAAGAGUACUGCAAAGAGUACUUAUCUAAAAACAUUGAAUACACACUUGAAAGAGGCUUUGCCUCUAGUUAAACAUGUAGACCCUGCAGUUAAACCAAAAAUACUAGAGGACCUUUCACUCAAACAGCAAGGAGAAGAAAAACCGAGCUCUACUCCCAUGCCAAAGAUCAGUUUCAAGAUUCCUAAAAAGGGUAAAAGUGUGAAACCGUUAAACGUUUGUACUGUUAAAGCUCAGACAAACACAAAUUUUACAAAAAAUGUGUCUGUGAGUACUGACAGCAGGACUCCAUGUGACACUCAGUCAUGUCUUCCUAAAACUGUAGCAGAUUCUCCAUCAAACACAUUUCUUGCUUCUCAGCAGCAAAGACAGGAGCCUCAAAACACCAAUGUGCCUUUGAGUACUGACUCCAGGACUAGAUGGGACACUCAGCCAUGUGUCCCUAAAACUGUAGCAGCUUCUCCAUCAAACGCAUUUCUUGCUUCUCAGCAGCAAAGACAGGAGCCUCAAAACACCAAUGUGCCUUUGAGUACUGACCCCAGGACUAGAUGGGACACUCAGUCAUGUCUUCCUAAAACUGUAGCAGCUUCUCCAUCAAACACAUUUCUUGCUUCUCAGCAGCAAAGACAGAAGCCUCAAAACAUUUUGGGUCAGACCUCAAAUAGCCCCUCUGUUAAUUGUUCCUCACAUCUUUUACAUUUAAGUUCAGCAGUUGCGGUUCAGCAGGUUCAGGUGGAUAAAUCAAGAGACGUCUCGACACCAAGCAACACUUCCUGUGAGGAAAUAUGCAAUGCGCACAGUUCUGCUCAAGAACAGAACGAAGAAUAUCACUUGAAAACCCAGGACCCUGCAGAGACCUUUGACUCUGACUAUGAGAUGGAAUUAGUGGAGGAGCUGCAUUUGGCACGCUCUGAAAGGCGACUGGAGGUGAACUUGGUGGAGAACUGUGGAGAGCUCACCUGCAUGGACAUUGAUCCGCCUGAAGAGGGCAUCAGCGCGAUGCUCAAUGAAGGACAACAUAAAAAGAGUCUUCUUAUCGUCCUGGAUACAAAUGUGUUGCUCAGCCACCUGGAGUUUGUGAAAAAGAUCAAGUCAAAUGGCCUCGCUGCGCUGGGGUUCCCCACUUUGCUGAUCCCUUGGGUUGUCCUGCAGGAGUUGGACUAUCUGAAGAGUGGUAAACUUUCCAGCAAAGUGGAACACAAAGCCAGACCAGCUGUUCACUACAUUUACAGCUGUUUGAAAAACCAGGAGCCCAGACUCUUAGGCCAGUCAAUGCAACAAGCCUCGCAAGCAGUCUGUGGUGGACUGGGUGUUGUUAAUAAUGAUGACAGAGUUCUGCAGUGCUGUCUGCAGUACCAGGAUCUGUACCCAGAGGGCGCACUGAUUCUUUGCACGGAUGAUAAAAACUUGUGCAGCAAGGCUCUGUUAAGUGGAGUAAAAGCCUUGAGUAAAGCAGAUCUAGUGAAAGAGGUGAAUGAAAACAGUCUCGCUAUCCUAAACUACCCUCGUGCUCCACCUGCUUCAGCGCCCCCUGCUGCACCUGUAGAGAAAGGAUCUCAUACGGAGAAAGCAACAUGGCAGGAGAAAAAACACGAAGCAGUGGAGGAACGACAGCUGAGUGAAUGUGUAUCAGUCCUGGAGUCCUGCCUCCUGGGGGCGCUAUCAGAGGUGCUGGAAGUAGAGAUGAAGGCUGCUUUUGGAGACCUGUGGACUGAGAUAGUGUAUGUGAAGCCUCCGUGGAGUUUGGACGGCAUACUGAAGUGUUUUAAGAAGCACUGGAUCGCUGUUUUUGGAAGCAUUAUAAAGAGGAGCCUGCUGAGCAGCGUGGAGAUGCUGAGUGACCAUCUCUGUUCAAAUCGCUCUGUAGACCAUACCUGUAGAUCUGUUCUCAGUGCUGUGAGAGGGGCUGCAGAGCUCUUGUCUGCCUUGGCUGGCAGAUCACAGUACAGCGGGCAUGUGGAUCAAGCUCUUUCUACUCUACAUAUGCUGCAGCAAAGACUACAGGCUCCGAAAACUCCAGUACGGACCGAUGAUGAUGAUGAGGACUCGCUUAUGGCAGAGGUAGAAGAAGAUGAAGCCCCACCCCUUCACGCAUGUCAUCAGGAAGUUUGGUCCUUGUUUGAGAGCAUCUGGAACAACGUGUGUCAGAUUAGUUCGGCUCUGUUCUCAGCGUUACACUACAGUCCAGGAGCCACCGAGCCUUGUCUGCAAGCCACCUCACACCCACCUCAGGAAGCCCUUUCCUGCCUCCAUAGGGUCUCCACUGGCCUCACACAGCUCCUGGAGGCUCUUCAGAGGGUGUUAUCUGUGGACAGCAGUGUUCAAGAUGCACAGUUACUUCUCUCAUUUAUUAAGACCAGUGAGAUUGCUGCUAUGGAGCCACGGUUCACCGCCAGGGACCUGUUUGAUUGCCUGUCCCAGCAGGAAUACAGGGAGAAGCUGCGUGUGGGUGCUGCACAAUUGUCUGAACUGAGUGCAAAUUUGGAUCACUGUGCUGCUGCUUUAAACUCCUGGACCUUAUAAGGAUCCAAAUCUUCAUGUUUGGACCCAUCUAGCAGUCUAAAAAGCCUCCACAUUGCCAACAAACAAGCAUACAUAUUGUACUACCUUCCAGUGUUAUAACCUGAGGGAAACAAAAAUUUUAUUUUAUUUUAAUUCUUCCAUGUACAUUACUGUAUGCCCUGGUACACUGUGAAAAAUAGGUGCUAAAUAGCACUAAAAGCUCGUAAUCACAGGGAACCAUUUUUAGUGCUAUGUAGCACCUAUGAAGAACCAUACCACUUAUGGUUCUACAGAGCACAAUAUGGUAUUACAUAGGUGCUAUGUGGCACUUAAAUGGUUUCCCUAAGAUAACGAGCCAGUGAACCACUUUUAGUGCUAUUUUGCACCUUUAGUUUUUAGAUGUAGGAAAAUAUGCAAUGUUUAAGAGAUUAUUACAAUUUUUUUAUCUUUAUGGUGGUACAAUGUAAAAACAAACAGUGCUAAAAGUGGUUAACAUAGGGAAACCAUUUUAGGUAUCAUAUAGCACAUAUGUAGCACCUGUAUAGAACCAUAAGGGGUGCUAUAGUGGUGCAAUAUCACCCCGAAUGGUUCUUCAUAGGUGCUCCCCUAUGAUUACUAGCUCUUGUGCUAUUUAGCAGCAAUUUUGGGGGGAGAGUGUAGGAAGAAUUGUUAAAAGGGACAUUCCACUUUUUUUAAAUAUACUCAUUUUCCAGCUCUUCUAGAGUUAAACAUUUGAUUCUUACCGUUUUGGAAUCCAUUCAGCUGAUCUC